AACCAUCUACUCGGUAAUCCACGAGAACAUCAACUCCGUCGACAACAGAUUAUACACGGAUUGGAACGGAUUCACCACACGACCUUCACGAUGCCUCCCCGGUUACCCUUCAUUCAGAGCGGCUCCGCGCCCUCCAGUUUCCUUCGCCGCCUCGCCAGACCACUCUCGACAACACCAGCCCUCUCCCAAUACAACCCAGCCUCCAACAUCCUGACCCUCGACAGGCAGCCAGCCGCGCAAUCCGCCGAGCGCGUGCAGAACCUCGUCCGCGAGAAGGCCCGCGCCCAGUCCGAAGCCCAGCAAGCCAAGCGCCGCGCCGACCUGCAGCUCAUCCAGGAACGCAAGGUCAGCGACGACUACAUGCGCCAGAUGCCGCGCCGCUGGCAGACCGGCGACGUGUACGCCCCGCACGACCUGAACCCGCACCAGCUGGCCAAGUGGAAGCGGCGGGGCCCGUCCGACGUCGACGUUGUGGAUCUUUUGAACGUGAAUCCGUUGGAUAUGUAUCGGAACUUCGCCAUGAUCUCCGAAUAUGUCACGUCAACCGGUCAGAUCAACAGCACUAGGUACACAGGCCUACGACCACGAAACCAGAGGAGGAUGGCCAAGGCGAUCCGGAGGGCGAUGGGCAUGGGCAUCCACCCGAGUGUGCAUUACCACCCCGAGCUUCUCAAGAAGUGGACGAGGUAAACGACGGUGGAGGGAAACGGGAGUAUGGGUUGAAGGUUUCGCCGGCGAGGGAGACAACCUCGCCUUUUAUAUUUUUGUGCUUGUGAUAGUGUACAACAUGUCAGGACCACCGUCUACCAGAUCAUGUACCAUAUAUACACAUAAAAUGACCUUGCUUCUGCUUUCUUAUCAUGUUAUACAGAUCAUGCCC